AUGGUUGUCGAUGUAGGUGUCGGUGGCUGUGAUUUCAAAAGAAGAGAAAAUACCCGUCUGGUGAGAAUGAGAAACAAUUGUCGGACCAGAAUAGCAUGCGUCGAUCGUAUUGUUUGCGACUUGGUUAUUGAAUCGGAAAAAGCUAAAUUGGCCGAUGUCGGGGUGAGUCGUGCUUAUCGAAAUGUCGCAUACGACAGAGUCUUAGGCUUCACUCUGUACCUUCACAGGACACACAACAUAAAUGAUCGAAUGUCAUUGCUAUUGGCGUGGCGUUUGAGAAUAGGAACGGCCGCGGUAUGGAUCGUAUAUUAUAUCACAUUCCUUAAUAAUAAUCGAUGGGUAGAACUUUUUUGUUUUCAUCUCGUGUGUUAA